ACAGGAAGUGACGUAUGAUUCCAAGAGCAACAACAUCCGAUAACAGGAUGCCUGUGGUGUCUACACAAACAACAGCUUUCAUCAUAGAUGAGAACUUCAUUUAGACGCAUUUAUUGUAUCGUGUUCUUGGUGUGUAGAAGAGAUCUGCGGCGGAUAUGAGUGUGUGAGCUCAUACAGACAUAUUGAAGGUUUAACUGCAGUCAUGAUGGCGACUCCAGUUAGUGUUCAGACACUGAGUAAAACAUGGGAGCUGAGUCUGUACGAACUACACCGGACGCCACAGGAGGCGAUGAUGGACAGCACAGAGAUCGCUGUAUCUCCCAGAAGUCUUCACAGUGAGCUCAUGUGUCCUAUCUGUCUGGACAUGCUGAAAAACACCAUGACAACCAAAGAGUGUCUGCACCGCUUCUGCUCUGAAUGCAUUGUUACUGCGCUCAGAUCAGGGAAUAAAGAAUGUCCGACCUGCAGGAAGAAGCUUGUGUCCAAGCGUUCUCUGCGUGCUGACCCGAAUUUCGACGCUCUGAUUUCUAAGAUCUACCCGAGUCGUGACGAGUAUGAAGCCCAUCAGGACAGAGUUCUGGAGCAGCUCAGUCGAUUGCACAAUAAAGAGGCACUGAGCAGCAGCAUUGAGCAGGGACUGCGCAUGCAGGCCAAACACAGAGCUCAGCGUGUGCGUAAGCUGCAUCAAGAGAGCGAUAACAUGACCUUCAGUGGCGGCGAGGACAACGGUGACACACGAUCCCAUGUGUCACAUGACUCCGCCCCCUCACACCAUACCUCCGCCCCUGCGAGCUACACCCCUGAGGCUGGUCCCAGUCGCAGUAAGAGGCCACGAGCGUCUGAUGAUUCUGGACCUGAGGCGGAUGGAGAGAGCCGUACGCCUCCGCGAAGUCUGCCAGGUCAUGUGCCGAGUUCUGAAAUAGAGCUAAUAUUCCAGCCGCACCCCCUGCUGGUCAACACACAACACUACAACCAGACCAGAUUCGUGAAAACAACAGCUAACGCAACAGUGGACCACUUGUCCAAAUACCUGGCUCUGCGCAUAGCUUUAGAGGAGCGUCAGAGCGACAGGCCGACAGACAGACGGGUGGAAGGAGAGACAGCAGCUGACUGCGGCACUCUUCAUGAUGUCAGUGAGAAACAGUUCACCAUCUACAUCAGCACAGCAGCAGGACACUUCACCACACUAAAUGGAUCUCUGACUCUGGAGCUGGUCAAUGAGAAGUUCUGGAAGGUUCAUAAACCUCUGGAGCUGUACUACGCUCCCACACACGAGCAGAAACAGCAGCAGAACCAGAGCCCUCAACCAUGAAAACCUGGGGGGUCCCAGAGUGGGAUGAUGUAGACACAGACACCUUCCAUCCCAUCAUGUUUAUAAUGACCUGACUGGGUCAUCACAUAUAAGACUUCAAUGCACCGGAACUGAAAAGAACUUGCAGAUUUAGAUGCUUGCAGUUUUAGUAUGAAAGUUAAAGGGAAACUUGCCUCUAUUUUAUGUCACUAACAUUUUAAUGGUAUUUUAAUUUACAACCAGUUCAUAUAUUCACCUUUACCUUGAACUGUUUUCUUGUAUCUUUUUCAUUCUUUAAUAUUGGUGGGCCCAUAUUUACAGUGGUUUCUGUGGUCUGUCACUUUGGAGUUGAUGAAUCUGGUGUGUGGUUAUUUAUAUGCAAUGAUGAUCAGGUUAAUUGCUUGAAAGCCAUGUUCGCAUAAAUUGCUUUAUUAACAUAAAAGAUACACACUGAAGAGUUUCACCUGAAGGACUGCAUUUCCUAACAGCCAAUUAAUUACAUUGAAUUACUGAAGUAUAGCUGUUCACUGACAUUUUCAAAACACAAGGACAUCUAUAGGCAGACAUCUUACUGCAGAAUUUAGCAUUCGCUGUCAUGACAUAUCACAAUUGUUAGCAUGACCAUUAUAGUAAAAUAAACAUUCAUGUAGAUGCAGCUUACAACCAGGGUUACUAUCAUUUUAAAGUUAGUUAUUUUCAAAAGUUCGUUUCACUCUAUGACUGUUGUAAAACUAGUUUUUUGUUUUUCAAUAUAUUUAGUUUUAUUAUUUUAGGGCUGCCUUUUUUUUUUUUUUUUUUUUUUUG